AUGCCCUCCAAUCCCCUCAACAUCAAGACUCAUUUGGAUGUCUCUGAAGAUGAGCAAUUGAGUGUCGAUAACGACGAACUCCACACGUUCACGGAUUCUGAUGAAGAGAAUCUCUCGCGGCCAUUCAGCACCGCGCAUUUCUCGUCGCAUGAGGACCGCUUCAUUAAGGAUCAUGACUUGAAGGUGCGUGCGUUUGAAGCUUUGCAAGAACCACACAGUCCCACAAACUCGUUUUUGAAAAGAAGACAGCUGAUCAUCGAAUUGCCCCACUCGACAAAUGGACACCAAGUCACCGCUGAGCUGCCAAGGGUCAAUGUCGCGAAAAAGGCACCGGCUGGUCUGGCCAGUGUGCUUACGGAGAUGUAUCCAUCGCUGGAACUCAUAGAGCUUUUUUGUAAUGUAAAGAAGUGUUUGGAUUUGCGUCACAAGUAUUUGAAGUGGUCUUUGCAGGAUGACGACGCACGGAACCCCAAGAACUCGCCCGAGUGGGUCAUCUAUCCUCCUCCUCCGAAGCCUACCUACAAGCUGAAAAAUAGAUUCAACCAAUUGCCGGGAGCCACUGCUGAUGAAGAGGAAUUCGACUUUGCAAAGUGCCAAAUCCCCAAGGCAAAUGCCAACAACGAAUUUGAGCUUCGCUUGAACUCUGACAGUGUCUACCAGGUGUACCACACGCCUACUGGGGCACCCAUUGCCAAAUGUCCUACCCUCGCCGACUUCUACACUGACUUGAACUCGAUCUCUAAGAUAUCUCUGGACGGUCCUACUAAGUCCUUUGCUUUUAAGCGUUUGCAAUUUCUUGAGACAAAGUAUAAUAUGUAUUCGCUACUCAAUGAGUUUGAGGAGAAUGCGCAAUCGAAGAAAAAUCCACAUCGUGACUUCUACAACGUGAGAAAGGUCGACACUCACAUUCACCACUCUGCUUGUAUGAAUCAGAAACAUCUCUUGCGUUACAUCAAAUACAAAUUGAAGACCUGUCCUGAUGAACAGGUUAUUUUCAGAGAUGGGAAGCUACUUACACUAGCACAAGUGUUCGAAUCUUUGAAGCUUACCGCAUACGACUUGUCUAUCGACACUUUGGACAUGCAUGCUCACACAGAUACGUUCCACCGUUUCGACAAAUUUAACUUGAAGUACAACCCCAUCGGAGAGUCCAGAUUGAGAGAGAUUUUCUUAAAAACAGACAAUUUUAUCAAUGGUCAGUACUUGGCAGAGAUCACCAAACAGGUUUUCGAGGAUCUCGAGAGUUCUAAAUACCAGAUGGUGGAGUUGAGAAUUUCGAUUUAUGGCCGUUCUGAGGACGAAUGGAGCAAGCUUGCGCUGUGGAUCGUGGACAACAAGUUAUUCAGUCACAAUGUGAGAUGGUUGAUCCAGAUUCCGAGAUUGUACGAUUUGUACAAGAAGAACGGAAAUGUCGAGAACUUCCAGCAAAUCUUGCACAACUUAUUCAAUCCACUUUACCAAGUUUCUUUGAAUCCUCUGUCGGAUCCUAAGCUUCAUGUUUUCUUGCAAAGAGUGGUCGGCUUUGAUUCCGUAGAUGAUGAAUCCAAGCUGGACCGUCCUUUCAACUCCAGAAAAUUCCCUACAGCUCAAGAGUGGGACCAUCACCACAACCCGCCAUACUCGUACUACUUGUACUACUUACAUUCGAAUUUGAUCUCCCUCAACGUCUUGCGUAGUCGCUUCGGAUUUAACACCUUCGUGUUGCGUCCCCACUGUGGUGAAGCGGGAGAUCCAGAGCAUUUGAUCGCAGCAUUCUUGACAUCUCACUCCAUUUCACAUGGUAUUCUUUUGAGGAAGCUUCCGUUCAUCCAAUACCUCUACUACUUGGACCAGAUCGGGUUAGCCAUGUCUCCGUUAUCCAACAAUGCAUUGUUCUUGACAUACGACAAGAACCCAUUCUUCAACUUCUUCAAGAAAGGUUUGAACGUCUCAUUAUCUACGGAUGAUCCUUUACAAUUCUCCUACACCAAGGAGCCCUUGAUUGAAGAGUAUUCCGUGGCAGCUCAAAUCUACAAGCUUUCAGGUGUGGAUAUGUGUGAGCUUGCGCGCAACUCUGUUUUGCAAUCCGGCUGGGAGUAUCAAAUCAAGAAGCACUGGCUCGGCAAGAAUUUCACGCACGAAGGAAUUGACGGGAAUGAGAUCGAGAAAUCGAAUGUUCCGGAUAUUAGAGUCAAUUACCGUUCUGAGACGUUGAAGAAUGAGUUGGAAUUGAUUGAGCACUACUCUACGCUUCACCACAAGAAAUAG